AUGGAAACUACAUUCGAAGCUCUUAUCAACAAUGGUGAUCUGUAUCGAGAUGGCAAGCUGAUAUUGAUGCCUGCUCCUUCCCGAGACCCUAAGGAUCCUCUCAAUCUGUCUCUGAAGAGGAAGAUGAUUGCUGUCUUUUGUCUGACUCUUUUUGGUGCUCUUGCAGCUUCUGCAGAGCUGGUCUUAGGCGCCAUGCUACCAGUCUUUUCUAUCUACUACUCUGGCCACGAUCCAGCGUAUUUGUUGAGGGCAAUUGAUAUGAAUGGCGGUCUGCCCCAAGGCAACAAUCCUCUGGAUGCCUUGCAAUUGAUCCCAGGAUCUCCUCCCAUUUGGCUCAUCUAUCUCCUAGCUUCGUUACCUGUUCUCAUGAUUGGCAUCGCCAAUCUAUUCUUCAUUCCACUUGCUAUUGCCACCGGGCGUCGCCCUGUUGUCCUAAUCACGGGCGUCAUUGCCGUCGGCGGUGCUCUGUGGGCUGGAUUUUCAGGAUCACUUGGUCAACAUCUGGCUGCUCGUGCCAUACAAGGCAUCGGGGCUGGUACGGUUGAGUCUCUUAUUCCCUUUAUCAUUCAAGACAUGGUUCAUGUGCACGAGCGGAACACCUGGAUAUCUGCCUGCUUCGCUGCGCAAGGCGUCAUCAUCAUCGCGCUCGGCAUCGCGUCUCCCUACAUGAUUCUUGAGCUGAGUUGGCGUUAUGUGUAUUAUGUGACGGCUGGCGCUGCGGGCUUCUUCCUGGUUGGCUGUGUUUUCUUCCUGCCCGAAACCCGUUUCAAGCGUUCAAUGGCGGAAAUGAAUGGAACUCCACGCAAUGAUGCUAAUGUCCACUACACACCUCGAACAAUCUGGUAUGACAUUGCCUUCAAGCACGGCAAGAUGGAAUGGAAGAAAGGGGCGUACGCCCUGGUCGAUACAUUGCGUACUUUCUUCUAUCCUCAAAUCUUCUUCAUCACUAUGCUCAACUCCGCCAUGAUUGGCGCUGCUCUUGCCGCAGGCUACUGCGUUGCACCCGCGUUAUUGACCCGACCAUGGUCAUGGAAAUUUCACAGCAUCGGGCUCUUGCUCAUUCCUGUCCUCAUCGCUGCUAUUCUGAUGGGCAUCAUCACCGGUGUUGGUGGUGACUGGAUUGCAAACUGGUCUGCAAGAGCUCGUGGUAGGCGAGUACCAGAGAACCAGCUGCUGAAUCUCAUCUUUCCCACAAUCUGCGGCAUUGUCGGCACUGUUGUUUUCGGCAUCUCAGGAGAGAAUCCAGACGACUACCAUUGGGCUGUAUUUCUUUUUGGGCUUGCCUUGAUGGCAUUCGGCUUUCUCGGUGCUAACACUGUCGGAGCUGUCUAUGUUCUAGAAAGUUAUCCCCACUUGGCUGGCCCGGCAUUGGUCAACAUUGCUUCAUUCCGUGCUCUGAUUGCUUUUGUGCUUUCCUUCCGCGUUUCCGAGUGGAUGAUUGACUUCGGUUAUCUAAAUACGAUGUUAAUCUAUACCGGAAUCAUGGCCUUCUUCGCGUUACUGAUUCCAGUCGUCUACAUCUGGGGUCCUGCAUGGAGGAAGAGGUGGCCUGCAACAAAGUACGGUGAUGCACGGGAGAUCAACCAUACCUGA